GUUUCCGCGAACAUUUUCCCGCCCAAACCACCACUCGAUCUUCUCCCGCAAGCUUCCUUCCCUCCUCAUUCUCUCGCAGUCUCUUUCUUUCUGCCCGAUCGCAUGCCAAUCUCUGGUUAUUGCCCUAAUUCUCGAUGGACGCCGAUGGGUUGAUUGCUCGGUUGGAGAAGCUCGAAACCGACGGCCUUCGUCACGAUUUCUCCGCUUUCUUCCAGCCUCUCCUCCAAUAUCAGGCGGGGAAGAAGAAGAAAAGGAAGGCGACUGCGAAAAACAAUGGGCUGGCGGCGGAGGAUUCUCAAAUUCGCGCUCUCGCGAAGCAAUUCCUCCCCAUCCUCUCUCGCCUCCUCAAACUCUGCCCGAACCUCCUUUCCAGCCCUUCAACAGACGCGGACGCGCGUUCUCGCGCCCUAGUGCUCUUCCAGAUCUUCGAGAUGACGCUCGAUUGCUUCGAUUGCGUCUCCCCCUGUCUUGAUGGAAAGCCCUUCCAGGUCGAUCUGCAACGGUAUCGUCUCGUCCUCAGGUUGGAGGGCUGGAAAUUCCACGAUAAUGCACGGAAGCAGUGCUACUUGAUCCUUGGACGCCUUCGGUCGCAUGUUUUCUCUAGUGAAAUUGAGCCCAUGGGCAGUGAGGAAGAUAGUCCAAGUUUGUUUCCUGAUAAAGCUGCAACGUGCGAUCCGGAGCUUGCUUUGUUGGUGGUGGAGAUAGUUGCUAGCAUUGUCCGAUGUACAUUCAAGAGCAAGUGCAAGGAAAUGAAAGAAUAUGAUAAAAUUCUGAUCUUAAUAGAGCAAGUCUGCCCAUGGCUGAGUAUCAUUGAUCAGAAAACCUUUCAAAAGUUUCAUGGCAUUCUUCUAGAAGCUGUAUAUAAUUGUACUAAAUUUGUAGUCGGAGAAUCUCUAUUUUUUCAAGGAGAUGUGGUAAGCCGUCUUUGCAUACAUACCAUUUCUAUGUGCCUGAGAUCACACUCGAAGGAUAUGUUCACUACGAUAGUGUGUGGACUUUCGUCUUCCUUGGGGGCACAUUGUGGUAACCUUAUGCCUUCAGUCAUUCUUGACAUUAUUAAGUACGUUUUGGAAGCCAUUGUUUGCAAAUGCAAGCAUGGUAUGAUUUUGUUUUCAAAUCAAAUCCUCGAAAUUGUUAACUUUUGCAUGAACAGCCUGAGAAGUGCAACUCGGGCCGUUAAAAAGGAUGCUGCUCUUCUCUUGGACAAUGCUUCCAGGAGCUCUCUUAAGGUUGUAUCACCAUCUCUGACGGCAAUUCUAAAUGUGUACUCUGCUGGUUUAUUCAUUUUGAUCAGUGAUGUACUGGGGAACCAGGAAGAGUGCAUCUCUGGGAGUUUACUGAGUGCAUCCACUUAUAGUGAAGAGUUUGAAAAUUGUUUCCAUACUUUGUCUAUGUCAAUAAAUUUGAUCCAUAGCGACAUUGUUGGAGGUGUACUGGGUGGAACUUCAAAGGUUAAUCCAAGGAGCAAUGACUUCUGCACCGUUAUUCAUGGAAAAUUGUCUUUGAUAUCGUACUUAAAUGGCUUAGCAUUCUUCUGCAAGCCAUUUGCAGAUCUAGCAAAAACAGAGUGGAAAUAUAUGAGUCUGAAGAAAGAAGUACUAAGUUCUGGAAGCAUCAAUCACAUCCUUGAUGUGUUGUACCUUUUCUGUGAUGCCGUUGUGACUGGAUUCAGUGACAUGUCUAUAAAGGAAAGAGAGAAAAUGUGUGGCAGAAUAUUGCUUGUUGUUAAGGCUGCUUUAAAAAUCUCAUUUGUAGCAGAUGGCAAUUCAGAGAAAAUUUUGAGCAUUAUUAAAUGUAUUAUCUCAAGAGAGUGGAUCCAGCCGCAGGAUCUAAAAUUUCUUACAUCAACUCUCUACAAUGCUGGGUUAUUAAACUAUAAAGAAAAUCAAUUAGACAAGGCCUCUGUUGCAUUGGAGGCAUGCUAUCAUGCAUCAUGGGCUCUUGUUUCACUUGGUUAUGGGAGGUCUGCAAGGAGUUUAGGGGAGUCUUCUGAUGAUGGUUUAUCAGUUCAAGCAGAAGAUGCAGAUUCUAUUGCUGAUGCAUGCUCAAAAACUGCCUUCUUUCUAGAGGUUCUGAAUCUAUGUGGUAGCCCAUCUAGAAAGAACAUGGUUGUGGAAAGUCUUUUAAGGUGGUCUGAUGCAUGUGUAAAGUUAGGAGGAAUGAGUCGCCCCAAGGCCUUGGUUAAGCAUUGGGCUAAGAUGAUUUGUGAAGAGUUCAAGGAUAAUAGCCUGUUUGAGGAUGCUCCGACACUCUAUUCUGUUUUAAGGUACUCCAAUACCAAUUUGUCGGACCAGAAGCUGGGCAUAAUUUUAGAGGAGGAGAUUUUAGCUUAUGCAGAAUUGGGUCCUUCCUACCCAUCCUUCUGUAGUGCAAUGCAGGAAAGGAUCACAAAUGUUCUCCUGUCAGAUGUUUAUGUUACCCCUGAUUCUUAUUUCCAAAAAGCCAAGGCUUUCAUAAUUAAGAGCCAGAUUGCUAGCAUGCAUGGUGUGGAAGGCCUCAAAUGUAGUAUAGAUUCUCUACAUGAGGCAAUUUCUGUACUCAAUUAUAACCUUGAUGAGGCACGUGCAAGUGGAAAUGCUUCAGUUCUUCAUCUGUUGGCUCUAACACACUGCUUGCGUGCACUUUGUUCAAGUGAAGCAGAUAAAAACAUAGAGGCUGUGUUGCAAGAUAUUUAUUCUGCUUUAGAGUUAUGGUCUAGCAUGAAAGCUUUGGAUAUGAGUUUUUCAAAUAUCCAGCUUGGGUUGGUCAUUGGCAAUGAACUGCCUUUGUUGUACCAUACGGCUGAUUUAUUAGCAGUGAAGGGCCUUUGGCAUUUGCGUUACGAAAUAUUGGUGCUCAUAGUGAUGCUAUCCAAGCUGAAGGAGAUACCUGAGGAGGAGAUCUUGGCGAUGUUAUGCAGAUACAGAAGGCUUCACCAUACAUUUUGUUUGUUACCUGUUGAUAAAGAAUUGCUGUUGAAGCUGCAGCAGCAGUUUGAUGUGUCUUACUGUUCUGUUGCUUUCUGGAUGUCUUGUGUGAAAGUGGAUGCAUUGUCACUCCAUGGGUUUCAGCAGGAAUUUAUUCCAUCACAUUUUGUCUUUCAACAAGGAUCUUGUGGCAUAUGGAAAGGAUCUGCACCAGUAUCUUUUAAAAAUACAGAAGAACUAAAAGCAAGCGUGUCUGCUUUAUCAUCAAAUGAAUGUAGAGACAGCCAUUCAACUUUCAUGGUUGCAUAUCUUUAUUAUGAUUUAUGUGAUCAACUUUCAUCACGUGGGCAGCUGAAUGAGGCUCUUUUAUACUCAAGAAAAGCUUUGCAAUUAAGGAGGAAACUUUUGCAAAGAUCUUUCCCUUUUUCUGUUGAGAAGAAGACUAUAAAUGGCGGAUCUGAUGAAGCUAUUGUAGAGAAUAAAUCUUAUCAUGUUCAUGUCGAGGCGCCGGGAGCUGCAAUGAAGUCAGUCUGGGCAGACAUGGCUAAGUCUGGGAAUCCUAGAAGCUCCUUUUUUAAUUCUUGGUCCUUGCUUAAAUGCUUUCUGGAGAGUUCUUUGCAGGUUGGAAUUAUUCAUGAUUUGAUUGGAAACGGCGAUGACGCUGAGGACUUUUUUCUGAUUGGGAAAAAAAUAUCUUACUUGCAAGGCUUGUCAUUUUUUGAGGCAUUAUUCUCUUCCUGGUUAGGGCAUAUAUAUCGGAGAAAGCAACUAUGGGAUUUAUCAGAAAAGGAAAUUUUCUAUGGCAAGACCGUGCUGAAGGAAUGUACUGGCACUGGAUUUUGCAACUUGUGCAAAUUGACUUUGGAAUCAACUUUGGAAAUGAGACUUGCUGAUUUAAUGAGGAGUCGCUUUGAGUGGUCCAGGGAAGGAACACUAGCUCCUGCUCUUGAGCAUUACAAGUUGGCAAAAGGGCAUUUGGAUACCUUUGGAUCUGAGAUAAUUUCUUAUAGAGAACCAAACUCUAGAAGUUGUUGUAAAGGAAAUUGUGUUGCAUAUGAUGGUAAUUGGAGCAAAACGGAUACAUGCAUAUGUUCAACGGAUAGCAUGCAAGGCCUGUGUGGAAUUUGUGCUACAUGGAACAAUCAUUAUGCAUGUCUAGGAAGUGGAUCAAAUCAGUCAAAAAUAGAAAGCUUAGGUGAUGUGAUGGAAGGUGAAAGGAUACAUCCGAACAAUGGAUCUAAAAAAUCCAGGUCUAGAAAAACUAGGAGCUCAAAGAACCUGGUUUCAGAUUCUGAGAGCCUGUUGCUUGAUACAGCAAAACAAAAGUUGCCCAAAGGAAAGCGCGUAGGAACAGCAAGGGGUUGCAGAAGGUAUCUCAGUUCUACGCCUAUCAACCAUCAAGUAGAAAAAGAAGAUACAAGUCAGCUACACUCAUCUGAAAAGCAAAUUUUGUCUCGUCCUUCUAUGCCUAAGAGAAUGUCAUCAUGUCAGGAAGUAAAUGCUGAUUUCAGCCUCAAGUUUGGAGGUGAUGGGUUGAGAUUACAAUCCUGUUCAGAUUGCUGGCGAUGCUUCAAUGUGGAAGUGACACAAACUGGCUGCAUUGUGGAUCUUAUUUUAUUGAAAUUGGAGAACCAUUGGCGAAACCUCUUCCUUAAAUUAUUGAUUCAGAUGGGUAAAUGUAGAAGGUUGAUGAAAAUUGAGGAGGCACAUGCCAUAUUUUGUCAAAGCAUUGUCCUUUUAUUUUAUAGAAAUGCGUCUUUUGUGGUUCAUUCGGGUGUUUUGCAUCAUCUCAUUGACUACAUCAGAGAAGGGAACAAAGAUGAUCUGCUCAGCGUUGAUCAUGCUUUGCUUUUGUACCAGAUCAGCUGGUUCUGUUUGGACCAUCGCCUAUCUGACCAGCUUAAGAUGUGCAGUUGCGGGCUUCAUAAUGUUCCAUUAGAAACUAUUGUAUCCUUGUUGUUGCAUGCAUUCAUUAUUUGCCGCGAGGUGCCCUUGGUCUUUCAGAAGGUGUCUAGGCUGCUUGCUGUUAUACACUUAAUUUCAAUGCCAGGAGGCCCUUUCUCUUUGCCAGUUGAUACGAGCAGUUCUCUUUCUCUAAUCCAUUGGGCUGCGUACUUUCACCAAGCCUCCAUUGGUAGUUAUCUUCAUCACCAGAAUUUUGUUGCUCUGGGCAAAAAGCAGGAACAGGUCGGCUCGUCUAAUCUUGAGGAACCAUGUCUUCCAGAUUCAGAUGAUUUGCUAGUUGAGGCAUGCGACUCUCUCAGGGUUGCACCUAAUAACAUUGGUGAACUUGAAGGAUUUGUACUUGGAUUUUUUCAGCAUCUUCCAAGUACAUCUAUCUUAUGUAUAAGUUUAAUUGGCGGUGAUUGUGCAAACUUUCUAAGUGAAAUGUCACUUCUACCUUGUGCUCAUGUCUCAGCAUGGAUAUUUCUAUCAAGACUAGCUCAAAACCAGCAACCUGUUUCUUUUCUUUUGCCUGUGGAUGUAAUUUUUCAAGAAAUUGGUCAGGUUGAUGCUGAUUUUAUGGUGCCGAUGGCUUCUAGUUCAGGAAAUUCUAAUAAGCGAUGGGUGUGCCCUUGGGGUCGGUCCAUUCUUGAUGAAGUUUCACCUGGAUUUCGCCAGAUACUUGAGGAAAACUAUAUGUCUGGAUCUUCACUUUUUUUAGCUGAUACAGGGCAUAACCGAUCUGUAUGGUGGAAGUGGAGAACACUGCUAAACAAACACCUUGAUGAUUUGCUGAGGAAUAUUGAAGAAUCUUGGUUUGGACCAUGGAAGUGUUUGCUACUUGGGGAUCUUGUGUGCUGCUCAUCAUUGGAUAAGGUGUUGAAGAAGCUGAUGGCUAACCUGAGGAGUUGCAAUUUUGAAGUCAAUGAGAGCCUACUACGUGUAGUUCUUAGUUCAGCUAGCUCCGUUGCUGAUCCUGAAGCAUGUGUUUCUCAGUUGCUGUCAUAUGGAGGUUGGUUGGGUUUUGGGGAUUGUUGCAGUAGGACAAAAGGUAGGGUCCUAUUUCCUUCUUCAGGCAGUGAUGAAGAAGAAUCUCUUGAUGCAUCUUCUCAGUUGAUUUUGAAUGCCUUAAGUGAGCUAGAAGAACAACCUGAAGCACCCAGAGAACCUUUCAUUUUGGUUCUGGAUAUUGAUGUGCAAAUGCUUCCUUGGGAGAGCUUACCCGUAUUGCAUAAUCAAGAGGUAUAUCGUAUGCCAUCUGUAGGUAGUGUACUUUCAACACUCAACCGAUGGAGUAGUAAUGAAGUAUGGGCUAGAAGGGGCAUUGAUGAUGGUGGCAAUUUUCCAUGUAUUAACCUCUUUGAUGCGUUCUAUUUAUUGAAUCCUGGCGGUGACUUAAGCGGCACCCAAGCUGAAUUUGAGGAUUGGUUCAAAAGUCAAAAUUGGGAGGGAAGGAUAAGCAUUCCUUCGGAGGAAGAGCUGGCUUGGGCUUUGGAAAAACAUGAUCUUUUCCUUUACUUUGGUCAUGGAAGUGGAGAGCAGUACCUUUCUAGGCAUAAGAUUGAAAUGUUGAACCAUUGUGCAGCUGCUCUUUUAAUGGGAUGCAGCAGUGGUUGUUUAUCCUAUCAAGGAUGUUACUUGCCGAAAGGCAUCCCAUUAUCCUAUCUCAUUGCUGGUUGUCCUGCUGUUAUUUCCAAUCUAUGGGAUGUUACAGACAAAGAUAUUGAUAAACUCAGCAAACAGCUGCUAAAAGAUUGGCUCGAACAUCAUUCAACAGCAUGCACUCUGGAGGAAAAGUUUCAAAAUUUAGAGGUGGCGUCCUCAACUAAGUUGAGGAAGAAAGCACCUAGGGGCAAUAAAAAGGCUACCAGUGCUCAACAAUUUAAUCAUAAAUUUCGACCUUCUGAUGGUGAAGGAAGCCUCCGAGUUGCAUCUUCCAUGGGAAAAGCUCGGGAUGCCUGUCGACUCCCAUUCUUGAUUGGUGCAUCUAGUGUGUGUUAUGGCGUGCCCACUUUCCUCAGCAAAAAGGGUAAAUAGAAAAGUCAGCCCAUUUUUAUUGGACAUGUCUGCACUCUGCACUGCUCUUUGGUUACUCCUGGUGGGGCCUAACGUCGUAUCAUCGUAUGUUUCUGAGUUGGGAAAAAUGGAUUUCUAGGGUCCUUUGGUUUGACAAGGAUGGUCCUCAUAUGGAGCAGCAGGUGCUGGAAUUGACGGUGGGCAGAUUGCAGUUAGUUGGCAAGCAGAAAGUUUGUAUCAUCUCAAAUAAUGAAGAAUCAAUUCAGUGGUUGAAGGCUAAAUGUGAAGGGGUGGGGGGACUUGCUAUAUUUUUGAGAUCGGAAUGGUUGAUUGCUUUGUGUUCCCUUUGAGAAAUCCUUAUGCUUUUGGUAAGGAUGGAGGCAAAACCUCAUCCUCUGUUUGCUGUGCUUUUAUGAUUCUUUAUACUUAAUUCUUUGCAAUGAAAUGAUGGAGCCAUGGAGGUAACACUUCAGCAAGGUGGUUUUCCAACUAUAUCACAUCGACAUGUUCAGAGACAAGGGAAAUCAAAAUGUGAAGCGAUUCGGAACCUCUGGGAAUUAUGGUAUAAACUGCAGACAGGUUCUGCCUUCAUAACAUCCUGUUAUGAUUAUCUCUCACUUGGUCUGUGCCAGAGGGUAAAAUGUUUGUUCCUUCUCUUAGCAGUGUUGUACAAAAUUAAUCCCUGUUGGCGUGCAAUAUUUGGCUUAUCAACCGUUCACCUGGCAUGCUGCUCGGAGUCAUAUUUUUUAUUGAUCAAGGUAGCUGGAUAUCUGAAGGGCAGAAGCUAAUAUGUAAGUCUGAUUCUUUUCUAGUUGGACAACUAGAAAUUUUGUUUGUCAAUUUUUGAUAGAAAGCAUCUAUUAUUUUGUUGAGUGUUAGUUGUUACAUAAUAAUCUAGGUGUCGAGAAGUGGCACUGAGAAAUGUAUACCGAUCCAACGCUUUUUCUUGUUUUAAUUUUAUUGUGGCAGUCCACUAAAUCCGGACUUGGAAAUUCAUGAUCAUAAUAGCCAAUAAGGAUUAGGAAUGUAAUGUAAGAGACUGAGUUGUGAUGAUGAACAUGAAUUAACUGAGAUCCUUCUCUAUAAAAUGAGUGUAUAUAAAACAUAUACGCCUUAUCUCUCUU